CCCCCAGUCAGAGGGAGGGGGGAAGCAGCCUCUACUCUCCCCGCCUCGGCAGUGGGAGAAGCAGGGUUCCCCCGGCACAGGCAGAGGAGCAGCAGCCCAAGCCGGCGGAGUGAAUGCGUUGUCAUAGUAACUGACAGAGGCAGGCAGCAGGCCGGCCCCAGCCGCCUCAGCUCCUCAGUGUGUGGGUGAGGGCAGGGAGCCGCCGCCAGCGCCGGACAGACAGAGGCCGGGGGAACGGAGCGGGGAGCGCCGGGAUGGAGGACGGAUUCUCCAGCUACAGCAGCCUCUAUGACACGUCCUCGCUGCUCCAGUUCUGCAACGAUGACAGUGCCUCUGCUGCAAGCAGUAUGGAGGUAACAGACCGCAUUGCUUCUCUGGAGCAGCGUGUCCAGAUGCAGGAAGAUGACAUCCAGCUGCUCAAAUCUGCCCUGGCUGAUGUGGUUCGACGUUUGAAUAUUACAGAGGAACAGCAGGCCAUGCAGAACAAGAAAGGACCUACCAAAGAUCAGAGUAUGAGUAAAAAAGCAGCUGCUGCUGAGCCUGAUAAACAUGUCAGUGCUGCUACCACAGCUAGACCGUUGAUGCAAACAUUGCCAUUAAGGACAACUGUUAAUAAUGGAACUGUGUUACCAAAGAAACCAAGUGGCUCUCUACCUUCCCCAUCAGGAACCAGGAAGGAAACUGUGUCACCAGCAACAAAGAGUCAUGGAUUACACAGGUCUGUGAGUCUUCUCAAUGCAUGCAAACUGAAAAACACUACUGUAAGUACUGUCAAAAGAACCAGCUCAGCUGAACGUGUAUCCCCAGGAGGUCGAAGGGAAAGCUAUGGAGAUUCCAAAGGCAGCCGCAAUCGCACUGGAUCCACCAGCAGUUCUUCUAGUGGUAAAAAGAACAGUGAGAACAAACCCAAGGAACCAAUGUUCAGUGCAGAAGAAGGAUAUGUAAAAAUGUUUCUGCGUGGACGUCCUGUUACCAUGUACAUGCCCAAAGAUCAAGUGGAAUCUUACAAUUUGGAAGCAAAAGUAGAACUACCAGCCAAGAGGCUUAAACUGGAAUGGGUCUAUGGAUAUAGGGGUCGGGACUGUCGCAGUAACCUAUACCUACUUCCAACGGGCGAAACUGUGUAUUUCAUUGCAUCAGUAGUUGUGUUAUACAAUGUUGAAGAACAACUUCAGAGACAUUACACUGGUCACAAUGACGAUGUGAAGUGCCUAGCUGUCCAUCCUGACCGGAUCACCAUAGCAACGGGUCAGGUUGCAGGUACCUCUAAGGAUGGAAAACAAUUACCACCCCAUGUACGUGUUUGGGAUUCUGUUACUUUGAAUACACUGCAUAUCAUUGGGAUGGGCUUUUUUGACCGUGCUGUCACCUGCAUUGCUUUUUCUAAGUCUAAUGGAGGAAGUAACCUUUGUUCGGUGGAUGAUUCAAAUGACCAUGUGCUUUCUGUAUGGGACUGGCAGAAGGAAGAGAGGCUGGCAGAUGUCAAGUGUUCUAAUGAGGCGGUAUUUGCAACAGAUUUUCAUCCUACAGACACAAAUAUAAUAGUUACCUGUGGAAAAUCACACCUUUACUUUUGGACGUUAGAAGGGAACUCCCUUAUUAAAAAGCAAGGAUUAUUUGAGAAACAAGAGAAGCCAAAGUUUGUCCUGUGUGUGACCUUUUCUGAAAAUGGUGAUACAAUUACAGGAGACUCAAGUGGAAACAUCUUAGUUUGGGGAAAAGGUACAAAUAGAAUAAGCUAUGCACUUCAAGGAGCCCAUGAAGGUGGCAUUUUUGCACUUUGUAUGCUGCGAGAUGGUACACUGGUAUCAGGAGGUGGAAAAGACAGAAAACUAAUAUCUUGGAAUGGGAAUUAUCAAAAACUUCACAAGACUGAGAUUCCAGAGCAGUUUGGUCCAAUAAGAACAGUAGCAGAAGGGAAAGGUGAUGUUGUAUUGAUAGGCACUACUAGAAACUUUGUUCUACAAGGCACUCUAUCAGGAGACUUUUUUCCAAUUACCCAGGGUCACACUGAUGAGCUAUGGGGACUAGCCAUCCAUCCCUCUAAACCUCAGUUUUUCACUUGUGGACAUGACAAACACAUUACUCUCUGGGAUGCUACCAGUCAUCGUCCUAUCUGGAACAAAAUUAUAGAGGAUCCAGCACAGUCUUCUGGUUUUCAUCCUUCAGGGUCUGUUGUUGCAAUAGGAACACUAACUGGAAGGUGGUUUGUGUUUGACACAGAAACAAAAGAUUUGGUCACUGUACACACAGAUGGAAAUGAACAGCUGUCUGUAAUGCGUUAUUCACCAGAUGGAAACUUCUUGGCAAUAGGUUCCCAUGACAACAGUAUCUAUAUAUAUGGUGUUAAUGAAAAUGGGAGAAAAUAUAGUAGAAUUGGCAAAUGUUCAGGUCAUUCCAGCUUCAUUACUCACUUGGACUGGUCUGUUAAUUCACAGUACCUUGUGUCCAAUUCAGGGGACUAUGAAAUCUUAUACUGGAUCCCCUCUUCUUGUAAACAAGUAGUGAGUGUUGACACUACUAGAGAUGUAGAAUGGGUUACAUACACCUGUACUUUAGGAUUCCAUGUUUUUGGUGUAUGGCCAGAAGGUUCAGAUGGAACAGACAUCAAUGCUGUCUGUCGAUCACAUGAGAGAAAACUGCUGUCAACAGGGGAUGAUUUUGGCAAAGUACAUCUCUUCUCUUAUCCGUGUUCACAAUUUAGGGCUCCAAGCCAUGUGUAUGGUGGACAUAGUAGUCAUGUAACUAAUGUAGAUUUUCUGUGUGAAGACACCCAUCUCAUCUCCACGGGUGGAAAAGAUACAAGUAUUAUGCAGUGGCGAGUCAUUUAGAGGAAACAUCGGUGUGAACACACACAGUCAUGAGAUGACCAUGCACAGAAGUUCUGUACAAACUGUAUAUUUAAAACUUAAACAGUACAUUUUCAGUUUAGCCUGGUCACUGUGAUUUUGUUUAAAAAUUCUUACAGACCUCAGGAAAAUUAAGCCCUGUGCUGGUUAUCCUACUCAGCUUAGUGAUACAUUAAGUAUCACUCCUAAAGAAUAGCUAUAUUUUUUCUUUUGUUGUACAAUAUAUGCACCAUACAAGUUUAAUAUAAAAACGUGGCUUGAAAGUUUUCGAUACAGUGAUAUCAGCAGAACUGGUGACUAUCGUAACUGUUUUCUACAAACUCUAAUAAAAUGGUCACAAAAAUGCCUUUUUCAGAAAACUGUAUAUACAUGCUUAAUUGUCUCACUGUCUACACUUUGUACUGUAUAUCUACCUAUUUAGAAAAAUCUAUGGCAACGUUGAGAUACCGAAUUCUUUCUCAUGGAUGGUGAUGAAUUCAUACUAAAGGAAUAAACCUAGCUAGAAGACACACAAUAAUUAACAUGUUAGAUAUGAAAAUGUGAAUGUUAGAAUUCAGUAAUUUGCAUUUUCUUUGAGAAUAAGAAAUCUUUAAAUUCCACCAGUGAGGAACUGUAUUCUCUUUCAAAUCAGCAGGUUAUACUCCAGUUUAACUUGAAUAUCUCAAAAGGGUUUACAGAUGUUUAUCUAGUUCAGGUAUUCCAUAUAAGCUUAAAUUAACAACAUCUUUUUUACUUGUAUAUGAACAACUUCUUAUCAAAAACAAAAAGCAAAACUUGACCACAUCCCCACUAUUGGUUAAUAUAUUUAACUAAUAUGUAUAUUAAUCAGCAUGAUGCUCUAUUGUACAUGUAUAAGAUUUUCAUUAUAAAUGGUAAGGCAAUCUAGGCUUUACUUUUUUAUGCUUAUGGAUAUUGUAUAUUUGUAUUUUAAGACCAAUUAGACCAAGUCUAAAGAUAUCUUUUUAAAUGUACGAUAAACCUGCAGAGGGAAAAGGAAGUAUUGGAAGCCUACAGGAAAUAUUAAUGUGUAACUUCUGGCCCCUCUGUUUUGUGCAUGGAUGGAUAUUUAUAGUAUGACAUAAGAUUGUGUUUUGCAAUGAAGUAAUAGUGGAGGUGGUAUAAAAUGGUUAAGAAGGCCUUAUCAAUUUUGAUUGUGAAACAGAUUGAAAUUUAUUGUUUACCUUGAAUGUAUCUAAAGAAUUUAAAAGAGUAGAGUAAUAAGCAGACUUUGAAAAGUUAAUAUUAAAGUUUUGCUUGUAAUGGACAGUAAACAUUUUAAUUCUCUGAACUCUAAAACACUGGUUGUUUGUUUAGAGUGGUUAAAUGAAAUGGUAUCAAUGAAUUUUGAAACCUUUUUUAUUACAUCUCCAGCCUGCUAUACUGAAAGUGCAGGACAAUAAUAAAUCAUGUAUUAAAGUGC